AGUUGGCGACUAGAGGUUUUGGGUUUUAGACGUCCUUUGGGAAAGCUGAUAAGGCAGAGUGGAGUUUGCCUUGGUCAGCGAAACGUUCGUAGUUGCAGAAAUGGAAGCAAUCCAAUCGCAUUCUUUGCUCUCCUUCUCCUCUAGUAUAAGAAAAGUAAAAGUGCUUGGCCAUCCAUCACUUCCCGAGAUUAAAAUCCAUAAAAGAGGAAAGGUAAUUUCCCUUGGUAUGUUAGCACCGAGGAAGUUCAUGCAGAGGAGGAAGAAAGUGGAAGUUUUUAAAGAUGCAGCUGAUGAAGCAGAUCAGAAGAACUGGAGAAAAUUAAUGAGGGAAAUCGAUGAGGUGGGUUCAGCAGUCUCAAUCCUCAGAAACAAGAGGGCCAAAAAUGAGGCUCUUCCUAGGGACCUUGUUCUGGGUACCUUAGUGAGAUUCAAGCAGCUAAAGAAAUGGAACCUCGUCAGUGAGAUUCUUGAAUGGCUCAGAACUCAGCAUUGGUGGGAAUUUAGUGAAAUGGAUUUCCUAAUGCUUAUCACAGCUUAUGGAAAACAAGGAGAGUUCAACAAGGCAGAGAGGCUUCUGAGCUACAUGAAUAAGAAGGGAUAUCCACCAAGUGUGAUAUCCCAUACUGCUUUGAUGGAAGCAUAUGGAAGAGGAGGCCAAUAUAAUAAAGCAGAAACAAUGUUUAGAAGGAUGCAAACUUCAGGACCUGAACCUUCAGCUUUGACAUAUCAAAUCAUCCUUAAGAUUUUUGUUGAGGGGGACAAAUUUAGAGAAGCUGAAGCAAUUUUUGAGACCCUUUUGGAUGACAAGAUAUCACCAUUGAAGCCAGAUCAGAAAAUGUUCCAUAUGAUGAUUUACAUGUAUAGGAAGGCUGGAAAAUAUGAAAAGGCUCGCAAAAUAUUUGCAAAGAUGUCUGAGAGGGGAGUCCCACAAUCUACAGUUACUUAUAAUAGCCUCAUGUCGUUUGAAACCAAUUACAAGGAGGUUUCAAGUAUCUAUGACCAGAUGCAAAGAGCCAACAUUCAACCUGACGUGGUGAGCUAUGCUCUACUGAUUAAUGCAUAUGGGAAAGCCAGGAGGGAAGAAGAAGCAUUGGCAGUUUUUGAGGAGAUGCUGGAUGCGGGUGUCAAGCCAACCCGCAAAGCAUAUAACAUUUUGCUUGAUGCAUUUGCAAUAUCAGGAAUGGUGGAGGAAGCUCGAACUAUAUUCAAGAGCAUGAGAAGAGACAAAUGUAUGCCCGACCUUUGUUCUUAUACAACAAUGCUAUCUGCUUAUGUCAAUGCAUCUGACAUGGAAGGUGCUGAGAAGUUCUUCAGAAGACUGAAGCAAGACGGUUUUGAACCCAAUGUGGUGACUUACGGAACACUAAUAAAGGGAUAUGCAAAAAUGAAUAAUCUAGAUAAGAUGAUGGAGAAAUAUGAGGAAAUGCGGAUCCAGGGUAUUGAAGCCAAUCAGACCAUCUUCACUACAAUAAUGGAUGCCUAUGGUAAGAACACGGACUUCGGUAGUGCUCUAAUUUGGUUUAAGGAAAUGGGAAAUUGUGGUUUCCCUCCUGAUCAGAAAGCAAAGAAUAUCCUUCUCUCUCUGGCAAAAACAGAGGAGGAAUUGAAGGAAGCUAAUGUGCUUGUGGGAAAUGCCAACAAUAUUGUUGAAAAUAAAAUAGUUUCUGGGUUAUCCAAGUACAAUUACGAUGAUGAUGAGGAUGAAGAUGAAGACGAUGAGGACAAAGAUGAUGAUGAUGAUUACAAUGAUAGUGAGCAGAGCUUAGUAUCUUUUAAAGAAAAAUUACAUGAACCAGUGGCAACCAUUUUUGAUGGCCAAUAUCCCUUGCCUUUAGAAACCAAAGGUUUUGUUGAUGUAUAAAACAUGUGAAUUUUGUAUCAUAAAACAUCUUUAUCUUGAGCAUCUAUGCUACUUUGCAAUGCCACAAUGCCAUUAUUUGGCUUUCCAGGAUUGUUCAUCUUCCAAGACUCCAUUAAAUAGCUCUUUAUCUUUUGAGUUCUAA